AUGGCGGGCGGCAUUUGGGAGGCCUUCUUUUUUGAAGACGACAUUCGGGCCAUGGUGCGAGAGAGCGGCAUCUCGGCGACCAAGCCGAUAUUCCCCAGCUAUCUCCUGCCGAGCUUCAAGUUUGCAUUUCCUGGGCGUCGCCGCCACUCUGCAUCGUCCACAUCGUCAACAGGGUCGGAACCAUCUAGUAGCCGUAGCGAUGACGCUUCGUCGGCAGUGACCACGCCAAACGGCUCUCCCCCAGAUGAUACUCUGCGCUGCUCGAGCUGUGCUACGGACAUUGCUUUUACGUCUCAAAUUAUUUCCAAGGGAUUCACAGGUCGCUACGGUCGUGCGUAUUUGAUCGCACCUCCGCCGGCAGACUCGUCGCUGCUGAACAUCCGCAUUGGCAAGAACGAGAACAGACAGCUUGUUACGGGAUGGCAUGUGGUGGCGGACAUUUGCUGCGGGAUCUGCUCGCGCAAGCUCGGCUGGAAGUACGUGGACGCCAAAGAAGAAUCACAAAAGUACAAAGUGGGCAAGUAUAUCCUGGAGACGGAACGGGUGGUGACACAUCGGAGCUGGGAAGACACCACCAUUGCAGAGGGCCAGGAGGAGCUCAUGUACGAAACGGAACAAAAAGAAGACACGGCGAAAAAAGACGAUGAUGACACCGAGAUUGAAUUUGACUCUUCGGAUGAGGAUGAGUGUGAGGCUGUCUUUGCUGGCCUUUGGGAUGCGGAAACCGCUGCGAAGCGCAGGAACCGCUUGGCGGCCAGACCGAGGGCAGCUCAGCAGCAGGGCGAAUGA